AUGAAACAGAAGCCUACUUUCAAUCCCUUUUGCCAAUUCAAGCAAGUCAUCGAAGUAGGGGAUCUGGUCAUUCUGCAUCUAUCGAGAACUGCGAUACAAGCCAUCACAGUCACGCCUGGGGGCGUUGUACAAAACAAGUUUGGCCACUAUUAUCAUGAAGAUAUGAUUGGCAUGCGGUAUGGCUCGCAGAUGCAGAGCAGGAAGACAACUGGAUACAUUCUUUUGCUGCACCCGACACCUGAGCUCUGGACGCUGGCGCUCCCUCACCGGACGCAGAUUCUUUAUACUCCUGACAUUUCAUUUGUCUCCGCUAAGCUCUGUGUUCAACCAGGGUCGACUGUGAUUGAGGCGGGGACUGGCAGUGGCAGCUUCACACAUGCAUUCAUGCGCUCACUUGGAGACAGUGGCCAUCUCUAUACGUUUGAAUUCCACGCUGAGCGCUGUGAAAAGGCGAGAACAGAGUUCGAAGAGCAUGGACUCUUCACCAGUCGAAAUGGUCAAUCACUCAUGACACUGACACAUCGUGAUGUGUGUAAAGGAGGCUUCCAGGUGGCGUUGCCUGAUGGCACGCCCAUCCCUUAUACGGCAGAAGCUGUGUUUCUUGACCUACCUGCUCCUUGGGAAGCUGUGGAGCAUUUAACGCCGCAUCUAGCGCAAACAACACGACUUUGCUGCUUUUCGCCCUGCAUUGAGCAAGUCCAACGCACUGUCGAGGUUUUGCGUGUAAGUUUGUGGCAAGAUAUUGAAUGCUACGAAGUAGCCUUCCGUGAAUGGGAAGCACGGUAUACGCGUCGCGUUGAUGUCACUGAUGUCAUUGACAAGCUAAAAGAAAUCAAGCGGCGGCGCGAGGAAGGUGUACCAAAAGCCAUCAAGGCAAGGGUCAAGAUCAAGGAAGGCGAUACAGCUUACGAUUGGGACCGGAUAGCGAAGCCUGACUCGGAGAUCAGCAGUCAUACAAGUUUCUUGCUGUUUGCAACAAAACGAGCCUAG